AUCGUCGCUUAGUACUUUUAACGAUCACUGUAGAAUGCAUUUAUCAGUAAGUGACGGGCAGCGGUACUAUCAAGAUCAACAACCUUGCGGGCGUUUAAACAGUAACAAAGUGGCUUCCUAGUUGUUAGUUCCAGUAUGAUGAAGCCAAUAGAAUUUGCUCUUAUUGCUUGUGCACUUGGAAGAGUUUCAGCCUUCAGACAUCCAGGAGAGUCGCAAUUUAUAGCAAACGAACGCACCAAUUUAGAUGAUUGCCGCCAGCGCUUCUUCCAGUACUUUUACGCGUCGGAUCCGUUCGGAAUCAGUGGCCUUCCGGCGCGUUUGUACGAGUUUGCCCACAUGGGUGCGAUUGGCUGGAGUCAGCCGAAUGGAACCGUAGACUGGCGAUGUGGCGGAUCGUUGAUAUGGGACAAUUUUGUGCUAACGGCGGCGCACUGUGCGAUCGACUACCGGAAUGUUCCCCCGGAUGUGGUUAGAUUCGGUGAUUUGAACAUUUUUACAGAAGAGGGUGAUGAAUAUGCGCAGCAAAUCGGGAUCGCCAAGUUUGUCCGCCAUCCGGGACAUCGAUUCUCGUCACAUUAUCACGAUAUCGCACUUAUACGGCUGGAGCGGAAUGUAACAAUCAACGAAACGGUUCUUCCGGCUUGUCUCUGGACGGAUAUGGAAGUUCGGUUCAAACGAAUGGAUGCUAUUGGAUGGGGCAAGGUUGGAUUUUCUGGUGAGCAAUCUCCAGAGCUGUUAAAGAUGGGUCUAUCGCCAAUAUCCAAUGAAGAAUGUGGAAAGGUAUUCAACAAAGAAACCAAUAGAAGACUACGAACGGGCCUUCAAGAGCAUCAUAUUUGCGCAUCCGAUGAGAAGGCGGACACUUGCGAGGGUGACUCCGGAGGACCACUGCAGGUCAAGCUAAUGCACAACAUGAGGGAGACUCCAUUUAUCGUGGGAGUCACAUCGUUCGGACUGCCAUGUUCUCCGGAAAAUCCCGGAGUGUACACCCGGGUGGCCUCCUAUGUAGACUGGAUCGUGGACACGAUGCAGAACCACGGUGCCGUCGUGGAUGAUCAAACAUUUAACACGACCAUUUGUGCUCUUCGUCAUGCUCCCCUAAGGGAGUAUUACGAUGGGAUUGUGACAGAACGGAACGGUACCACAGCGACGAUCGAUGUUUUCCAGAAACAUUUGACUGAUGUGGACGAGUUGCCUUCGUUUAUUGCUAAACUUGAUCAUGAAAACUGUUACGGAGUCAUUGUAGAUGAGGAAACGGUUUUGACGACAGCUGAUUGCGCUGAGUAUAAAGGUAAACGUAUCAGGCGGAUUGUUCUCCCAGAGCAAAUUGACAUAUCAACAACUCACGUGCAUCCUAGAUAUACUAAAGCCAGCAGUGAUAACAACAUUGCAAUCUUGAAAUUGGAAAGACUGUUAGAUUUUAGUUCGGAUGCAUCUGCCGUUUGCAUUUGGCACGGGACCGAGCUACCGAACGACGCAUUUAAAACUGUUGGUUUUGGUAGAAGCGAUCUCAAUACAGAACAUUUUUACGAAGGGCUAAAUCCAAUCACAAAAUAUCGGACUUCGAAAGUAACCGCCCAGGACAAGACUAACUGCAAGAUAUCCGCUGAGCAUUUACCUUUUUUAAAACGUGGCCUAACUACGGAACACAUUUGUGUUGGUAACGAUUUCUUUCUGGUGCCGGAAGUGUGUAAUCUCGCCGUCGGGGGACCUUUGUAUAGGCCGAUAUACGAGAGUAAUUUCCGACACAAUUUUGCAUACGGACUCGCCCAGUUCGGUAGAGAUUGUGGCUAUGGAGAACAUAUGAUUGCAACUCGACUUUCGAGUCAUGUGGAGUGGUUGAAGUCGGUACUGUUACCUAAGCAGAGAAAAGUCGAUAGUGAUUCGCUGAUCUUUUCGGAUCCAGAUCUACACGAUGGAGAUCGGUGCUAUAUAGAAGCUGAACAGAAAGGACGAUGCGUUCCACUGGCGAAGUGUACUGAUAGUUUUCAGAGCUUUUUCGUUCAGAGUAAUGUGAAGUUUUGUUCUACAACGAGUGUUAUCUGCUGUCCUUUGGAUAUAAUCGAAAGUAACGAGCAACGAGAUCUGAAAUCUGAUUAAGACGAUUGUCCUUCCAUUGUGAAUCAGUUGG